CUCUUUCAUUAUUUAUUUAUUUAUUUAUUUUUGCUUUGGGAAAUUAGAAAGGUAAAAUUUACACUUGAAGGUAGGGGUGUUUCCGGUAAUUGAUUGCCACACACUUCCCAUCUCCUGAAGAACCAUCACCUACUCCCACGGUUAAGUGGAACUUCUCAAUCUCACAGAGAGCUGAGCAAGAGCUCACUCAGAUGGAGAGGCAGAGAAGUUUCUUCUUCAAAUCUACAAGAUUCCUGGUCUUCUCUUUCACACUCUCAUCUUCUAUAAUUUUCCUCACAUUUUUAACCGUCUGCUUAUUCAAAUCCAGCCCUUUGAUUCUCCAAGACGCAAGUUUUGAGUUCAAUACAACCUCGCUUGUGGUUCGCACACCCAUUUCUGCACAGACCCUCACCGGCUUGCCCAAUAAUUUCUCGGCGAGUGGAUUCAAAAAUUCAAUUUUGACGCAUACCCGUUUCUCAAUACAUGAAAAUGCUUCUGGGUUUGCUAGCAUUUCAAUUGGGACAGACAACGAUGAAUCUGAAAAGCUAAAAGCCGAAGGCGACGGAGACAAAGAUGGUGUAAAUGGUGAUUUUACUACAGUACAAGAGAGUAUGUCAGUACCGCAAACUUCAUCUGAGGAAGGGCAAGUCACAAGAAGUAGUGAAAAGGUUGAAUAUGAGAAAAUAGAAGGAAUUUCAACCGGAAAAACCGAAGUUUCCAGGAGUGAGAAGGCUGCAGAGGAGACUAAAGUAGAUUCAAUUGAAAAAAUUGAAGCCCCGAGGGCAGAGGGAAUUGAAGAGAAGAAAGAGAGAGCAACUUCAGUUGAUAAUAUUGUAACUCCAAGGAAAGGGGGGUUUGAAGAGAAGAAAGUUAGAUUAACUAAAAUUGAUAAUAUUGAAGCUAGAAGUAAAGGCAGGAUCAUAGAUAGAAGCACAAGAGGAUGUGACGUUACAAAAGGGCGGUGGGUCUAUGAUGAAAGCUAUCCUCUUUACACGAGUAGUUCAUGUCCUUUCAUAGAUGAAGGGUUCGAUUGUGUGGGAAAUGGGAGACUGGAUAAAGAUUACAUGAAGUGGCGAUGGCAACCUCAAGAUUGUGACAUCCCAAGUAGGUUCAAUGCAACCAGAAUGCUGGAUCUAAUCAGAGGGAAAAGGCUGGUUUUUGUUGGAGAUUCAAUUAAUAGGAAUCAAUGGGAGUCCAUGCUGUGUAUGUUAAUGAGAGCUGUUAGAGAUCCCAAGAUGGUGUAUGAGACCCAUGGACGGAGAAUCACCAAGGAGAAAGGGAAUUAUUGCUUCAAAUUUGUGGAUUACAAAUGUACCGUUGAAUACUAUGUAUCACAUUUCUUGGUUCAUGAGAGCAAAGCAAGAGUAGGGCAGAAGCGGGUGCAGACCUUGCGGAUUGACGCCAUUGAUCAUGGAUCAUCAAGAUGGAGAGGAGCUGAUAUUCUAAUCUUCAACACUGCCCAUUGGUGGUCUCAUUUCAAAACAAAAGCUGGGACCAACUACUACCAGGAGGGGAACCAAGUUUAUCCCAGGCUUGAUGUUUCCACAGCUUUCAGAAGAGCUUUGAUGACUUGGGCCUCAUGGGUUGAUAGGCACAUCAAUUCCAGGAAGACCCAAGUUUUCUUUCGAAGUUCAUCACCUUCGCACUUCAGUGGAGGCCAAUGGAAUUCAGGUGGGCAUUGCGAGGAAGCCACAAAACCCUUAAAUAAAAUUCUUGGUGUACACGUUACUGAGAAGAAUACAAUCACAGAAGAUAUCAUCAAGCAAAUGAAAACUCCUGUUGCUUUUUUGAACAUUACUAGUUUAUCAGAAUUUCGGAUAGAUGGUCAUCCAUCCAAAUACGGGAAAAAACCUUUAAAUCACUAUGCUUCAAGUGGUCAAGAUUGCAGCCAUUGGUGUCUUCCUGGCAUUCCUGAUACAUGGAAUGAAUUGUUGUAUUUUCACUUGCUAUACAAACAGGGUGACAGUUUUCAAUAGAAUUAGUUUCCGCUUGUUAGCUUUGUAUAUUCUUUUAAUCAUUUCUGCCUCUCAAUUUUGAAGGCGAUAAUGCUAACUAAAUUUCAAUAGUCACGUUUGACGUUGUGUUCAAA